AUGCGGUAUCCUAUUGUCCUUGCUCUUCUUUGGUGGCAGAGGCUCGCUGUGGGCUUGCCUGGUGCCGAUCGUGCUGCUGUUGCUGAUGUGCUGACAACGUGUCGGAAUCCCGUGUCACCCUUUGACUACUCAGCCAAGGUCAGGCGCGAAUAUGAGCUGCCCCUGUGUCGGGACGGCGACGACAGUCAUCCCGUCCUCGGCGCCAUGGACGCGCCGUCUCUGCUAGCCGGCCGAGCCACGGUCGACGACUACACGUGCGCGCCGGACCGACCUUGCGCCAACUCGGCUUGCUGCCCCAAGGCCUCGCUGCAGUGCAACUACGGCGAGGAGGCGUGCGGCACAUCGGGCAUCUCGCCCAACGAGGUGUGCUGGUUCAACUGCGACGCCAAGUCUGAGUGCGGCAUCAACGCCAAAGUGCCCGGCCAGAAAUGCCCGCUCAACGUCUGCUGUGGCAAGUGGGGCUUCUGCGGCAUGACGGAGGAUUACUGCGACGCCGAGGAUCACGGCGCCACCGGCGGCUGCCAGUCCAACUGCGACCAGCCCGGCCCCAAGGACAAGGCCGACUCGCAGGACCGCGUCAUCGGCUACUACGAGGCCUGGCGCGCCGACAGCGCGUGCCAGGGCAUGGGGCUCAACGACAUCCCCGUCAGCUCCCUGACCCACCUGUACUUUUCUUUUGCGUCCAUUACCCCGGACACGUACAGCAUCGCGCCCAUGGACGGCAUCCCCGGGUCCCUGCUCUCCAAUUUUACCAACCUCAAGAGGAAGAACCCGGCCCUGAAGACGGUCAUCGCCAUUGGUGGGUGGACCUUCAACGACCCGGGCCCAACCCAGAAGGUGUUCAGCAAUAUGGUGAGCUCGGCACGGACUCGCGAGACCUUCAUCGACAACCUGUUCAGCUUUUUGCGCGAGUACGCCUUCGACGGCGUCGACUUUGACUGGGAGUACCCCGGCGCUGAUGACCGCGGCGGCAUCGACACCGACGGUGCCAACUUUGUCACAUUCCUCAAGGAGCUCAACGACGCCAACAAGAAGCAGCCCGUCAAGUACGUCGUUUCCUUCACGGCGCCCACCUCAUACUGGUACCUGCGCCACUUCGACCUCAAGGCCGUCGACCACGUGGACUUUGUGAACGUCAUGUCCUACGACCUGCACGGCGUCUGGGACGGCAAGAACCCAAUAGGCCAGCACAUCUACGGGCACACCAACCUCACCGAGAUGAAGCAGGCCUUUGACCUCUUCUGGCGCAACGACGUCCCCGCCAACAAGCUCAAUAUGGGCCUCGGAUUCUAUGGCCGCGCCUUCCAGCUGCAGGACCCCUCGUGCAGCACGCCGGGGUGCGGCUUCAAGGGCGGCGCUACCAAGGGCGGCUGCAGCGGGGAGUCGGGCAUUUUAAGCUACCGCGAGAUCAUGGCCGUUAUUGAUGCCAAAAAGAUCAAGCCCGUACAUGAAAAGAAGGCCGGCGUUAACUACAUCACGUGGAACAGCGACCAGUGGGUGUCGUACGACGACGCCGACACCUUCUCCCAGAAAAAGGAUCUGGCCAAGGAUUUGGGGCUGGGCGGCUUCCUCAUCUGGGCCAUCGAUCAGGAUGACGAGCAUUUGUCGGCACUGCAGGCCGUCCUCUCGCCCAAGAAGCUAGGCGACUUGGGCGCGGCCGGCGACAAGGACGACUGGCAAUCUUCCAACAAGCACUGCUACAUCACAUCCUGCGAUGGCAACUGCGACGCCGGCGACAUCAAAAUCACCGACCAACCCUGCGGCGACGACGACAAGCGCAGCAAGCUCUGCUGCCCACUAUCUGGGGCCCCGGACCCCAAAGAGUGCACAUGGCGCGGUGGCGAGUCCGGCCGCUGGUGCAACGGCCACUGCCAUGACGACGAGGUCAUGAUGGAGAUGAACAAGUGGGGCAACGGCGACGGGUGCUGGGACGGCAACAAGGCCUACUGCUGCAAGAGCCCGCUCGCCGAGGAGAACAGCUGCUACUGGGGCGGCGUCGGCGCCAGCUGCAACGGCGAUGACUUGCCGCUGACCUUCUCGGGCACCGUCCUAACCAUUUUAGAAGACGUAGCCAAGGUCAUCCUCCGCGUCGUCGGGCGCGCCUACCCUCUCGCCGCCCUAACAGGAGAAGUGCUCCUUGAGGUGCUCGACGCCCUCGACCUCGACACAGAUAAGUACUACUGCUGCCCCAAGGAAGACAUCCCCAAAUGGAAGAACUGCGACUGGUUCGGCAAGCCCGGCAACUGCUUCGACGGCCACUGCCCGGACAUGACAUACGCCCAACUGACCGAUAGCUACUUCGGCGGCGGCGAGACGUGCGGUGGCCAGCUGUCUCGCGUGCGCACCUUCUGCUGCGAGUCGUCCGAGGACCCCUUGUUUCUGCCUGUGCCCUUAGGAAAUCUUUUCGAGCACCCCCCUGAAGGUAAUAGUGUCGACACCGACUUUAACCUCGAAACGGACAAGGACUCGGACUCGCAGCAGAACCCUAACGACGCGGCCUUCCAGUUCGUCGUGCUCGCCUCGCCCGAGGAGCUGCAGGUCUCUAUCGACAAGCGCGACGGCUCCCACUGGGACGUCUUCUCCGGCUGCGACUCGGCCGUCGGCGAAGAAGGCCCCCACACGGUGCAGAUGGUAUGCACAGAUUUCUCCGAGGAUAGCAACUGUCACAAGAUCGGUCUCGGCCACGGCGUCCCGGGCACCAUCUUGCAGAUGCCUGUCGGGUGCGGCCCCGGAAAAUAUGCCGUUGCAAAAGACAUGGCCCCAACCUCUGACCAGAAAAAGGUCAUUCUUCCCCGCCACCUCAAGCACCUCUCCGCCCGCAGCACGCCCAUCGUCUACGAUUUGACGUUCGAUUACGACUUCACCCGCGUGCCCCGCGACCUUGGCGACACCCAGAUGCGCGUCGACUUCAGCAACCAGGACGACUACUGGGACACGGUCGUCUCGGGGGCCGCAAACAGCAAGAAGAAAGUCAAACGCUCCCUCGCCGACACUGGGGGCAACCACGUCCGCUGGCUGGAGGAAGAAUUCCGCGACGACUACCAUUUCGGGGCCCUCUCGCGCCGUGACCUCGAGGAGCGCUGGUUUGGCUCAGACGUCCUCGACUGGCUUGCCCGGCUUGUCCGCCCGGAAAUCAAACGCGAGUUCACUUACAACUACGAGGACACCCUAACUGCCAAACUCAUUGACGAGACCUGGCAAUGCAACCGCGACGGCGUCGGCUACGAGGGCCACCUCCUCGCCCAGGCCCUCCUGAAAGUGAACAUCCAGACCAGCUUCGGGUUUACUUUGAUCGUUACAAAGCUGUCCCUGCCCCUCGACCUUUCCCAAAGCUACCUGACCUUCUACAACAAGGGCGAGAUCACCGGCGUUCUAACCCUCGAAGCCGUCGCCAAGUUUUCGUAUCACAAGGGGGAAGUCAUCGUGAACAUCCCUUUCCCGGGCGCCUCCUUCACCAUCCCGGGAAUCGCAGUGAUCGGCCCGCAGCUGACGGUCGAGGGCAGCAUCGACGCCUCGCUCACCCUGGCGGGCAAGGUGGAAACACGCCUCGAGUUCGCCAACUGGGAGGUCCGCCAAGUCGUUCCCGACAACGGCGACAGCAACUACACGCCCAAGGAGAUUGGUGAUGGCGACCCGGACCUAAAGCGCAACGGCGACGACGAGGACCUGGACCAGCCGAGCUUCUACGCCGGCGUCCAGGCCGUCGGCGACGUGACGGCCAAGAUCUCGGCGGCGGCCGAGUUCGGCGUCCGCUUCGACAAGCGCUGGGAGGUCGACCCGGCCGCCGCGGCCGUUGUGGGCGAGGCCAGCGUUAUGAUCAAGAUGGGCGCCGGCGUCUCCACCAAGGACACUUGCCCCUUUACAUGGGGGCUCAACGUCGGCGCACGCCUGUUCGCGCGCGCAAAGGCACCUGCUUUCAAGUGGCCGGGUGUCGAGGUGCCCAUCACGCCCACCUAUAACAAGCCCAUCUUCGAGGGCGGCACGUGUCCGGAGCUGGGACCCCUCCCGAACAAGCGUGACCUAAAUCACCUCGCUAUCGAUGGUAACUACAGCCUACUCAGUGUGCCCGUGGGCAGCUACUUCUGCCCACCCGAAUCCGAUGACAGCGCCGGCCCGGGCACGGUCUGCUCCAAGAUCGGGUACGCCUGGGACUCCGACGACGGCGACAGCAACGCAAUUGUUGAGACGCGGGCGCUGCCUUUCGGACACGUCCUCGAAAAGCGGGCCCCCAAGACCACCACCAUCUGCAGCAGAACAAUCUCCUUCCCAUACCCGACAGACGGCGAAGCCAAAAAUCUGGGCAACCCGACCUAUGGCUUCCGCACCACCGACUGCGACGACUACGAGUUCGGCGCCCCCCUCGACGCCGAUACCGCCAAUUCCAAGUACGAAGCCGAGCACGUUCUCGAAUUCCAACUCACCAAACAAUUUUUCGAUGACCUCGACCUUAAUCUCGACACCUUCCCCCACCCAGACCCGUCCAAAACCACGCGAGUCGGCUUCUGCCAGCUUGUCACUCUGCUCUGGAACAUCCAGCCCGUUGCAAUCCCGAACCUCGAUACCGCCUCGGGGAAUGGCGCCGCCCUCACCCCCUAUAACCACAUCGCCAGCCAGUUCCCUACCAAAACAUGGAAGCAGGACGAGUACGUCCGCCUCGACACCACCAUCAACUCCCCGCCCAAGGCGAGCGCUUGGGCCGGUUUAAGCACUACCUACAAACAAAUCCAAAUCGUCGAUUUCAAGAAAUGGAUCGGCGGCGACCCCAACGACCCAAACAGCCCCGUUAACCAGGACGACCCCAACUACUCCGGCUAUAUCACUGACAUUGGAGGCGCCGAGAAGAUAAUGAAGUCCAUGCGUGCCAUCGUCGGCUCGCGCCUGUACCACAACGACGCCCUCGUCAUGUCCAUCCUGCGGGACCAAAAGGGGCGGGUGGGCGAGGUGCUCCGGCGGCUCGAUACGGAGAUCCUGCCCGCCAAUCCCAAGCAAGCGGGCUGGACGGCCUGGGUGCCGCUGGGGCUAAAGGAGCGGUGGGACGAGUUUAUGAAGGGCAAGAUGGCGCUGGCGGUGACCAAGUCGAACAAGGUGCUGAAUGAUAUAUUGCCGCGGAUGCAGGCGCAGUGGGCGGACCAGGCCGCGAGGGAGGCCGCCAGGCCCAACGAUAACGAUUCGCAGACCGAGGCUGAAUUAAGGGCGAGGAAACAGAGGCUGAUUGAUAGUAUUGAUGCGUUGGCGGAUAUUUUGAGGGUGUUGCCGGCGUGGCAGUGGGCAUUUUAG